GGCGCCCGGGCGGGGCUGCGCUUGCUGCAGGGACCCGCCCUGGAAGAGCCGCUGCCGCCGCCAGCCCCGGGAGCCGCCGCCCGGCGCCGCCAUGGUCUCCUGGAUCAUCUCCCGCCUGGUGGUGCUGAUCUUCGGCACCCUCUACCCCGCGUACUCCUCCUACAAGGCCGUAAAGACGAAAAACGUGAAGGAAUAUGUGAAGUGGAUGAUGUACUGGAUUGUGUUUGCCUUUUUCACCACUGCAGAAACACUCACAGACAUUGUUCUUUCUUGGUUUCCCUUUUAUUUCGAGCUGAAAAUCGCAUUUGUGAUUUGGCUGCUCUCCCCUUACACCAAGGGCUCCAGUGUCCUCUACAGGAAGUUUGUGCACCCAACGCUCUCCAAUAAGGAGAAGGAAAUUGAUGAAUACAUUACUCAGGCUCGUGACAAGAGCUAUGAAACCAUGAUGCGAGUUGGCAAGAGAGGGUUAAACCUUGCUGCCAAUGCAGCAGUUACUGCAGCUGCAAAGGGCCAGGGCGUUUUGUCUGAGAAGCUGCGAAGUUUCAGCAUGCAGGAUCUCACUCUGAUCCGGGAUGAAGAUACUGUGCAUAUGCGAAGCCAUGAGCCACAACUGCACCCAUCUGGUGGGAGUCUUCUUGAAACCAUUGAAGAUUCAGCUUCGUGUUACUCCUCAGGCGAGGAGAGCAGUGUGGCACAGAGGUCUAACGGAACCCCAUCGGAAGCUAGAACAGACCCAUCAGAUGAAGAUGCAGGAGACAAACUUCCUAAACGUACCCAGAGUCUCAAAGCUCCUAAAAAGAUGAUGAAAACUGAGCUUCCAGUGAGAAGUGUGAAAGCCCGCCCUAAGAAGAAAGCUGCCGGCUCUGUCACUUCUGGCGAGUCAUCCUAAGGAGACCUCCCCCUCCCCAGCAACUGUCUCUGUCCUGGGAUUUGCCUGUCACUUUUGAGGGGAAACUCCCCGAAGGAAGGGAGCCGAGAUUCAUGUACAUAACAGAUAACUGCUUUGUAGAGCUCAUUCCAAGGCAAGGGGGAGGCUGGGAUUCAGAAAGUGGAGUAGAGGAUACACAUCCUCAGGAAUUUUCUCCUUUCAUCUCUCUGUUGGAGGGAAUGCUGAUAUGUCUGUACAUAGCCUGUUGCUUUGGAAUUCCCACUGUAUAACCCUAGUUGGGGAGAAUCUUUGCUGGAAGAACUGGCUAGGGUUAGAGACAUCCAUUGCACAGAAGCUGGAAAAACAUUAGACACUGGAGUUCCACAGGGGUGGGUGGCUCCCUAAAAUGUCUUAUCUUGCUCUGGGUAUUCUUCUGCAGCUGUGUGUUGUUAAGAAGUGCCCACCAUGAUUCAUCCUCCUUAAGAAAGGACCAUACCUGUCACAUCCAUCCCCUUUGAGAAGGUGACUGAAAUGAUACACACUGAGUGCUUUUGAACGUAAAGGACUAGCUCAUGGGAAGGGUAUGCUAGAUUCACGUUACUAGUACUGGAAGAUGAAGAGAUUGGGUUUUUUGGUUUUGGUUUUGUUUUUUUUUUCUCUGGAAGGUGAAGGGAGGUAAUUGAAAAACUGAGUAAUGAAGAAAAUGUGCUGUUAUAUGCACAGGUGAUGGAGUAGCUGCAGGUAUUUAUACGAGUUAACUAUUGAGAAGGAAAGCUGGGCAUCCAUAAGAUUUUGGCUCUUCUUGAAGCUGCUUGAAUUUUAUUUCAGAUUCUGUUUCACUUUGAUUCCUGUGAGAGCAUCAGAGUGAUGCGAGUCCCACGCAGUGGGAAAAGUUGGCAGGGAGACUGUUGCUUUGCCAUUUACUGGUUGAACUCCAUGUCAUCCUGAUGCUUGUUACGAUGGACAAAUUCUUGCAUUCUAGCAGAUGACUGGGGAAAAUCUGGCUCAAUAUAGUCUGCGGGAAUACUUGAGAAUUUCAGAGGCCCUUAUCUCUCAGCUUUAGGAGAUCCAGUCCUCAGGGCAUGAGAACUGAUAAAUAGCUGAUGUAUGAAUUUUGCUAAUUCCAGGAUUCCAUUUAUGUGGGAUAAAAAGCAGGGAGUAGGGAACAAUACUGUGUUUAAACAGUUCUCUUGCUUUAUCCUACUGCAGCCCUUGCACAAAUUUGCUGUCUGACCGUGUGCCAUGUUUAUCAAUGUCCUGAAACUUGAGCAAUAUGUAACACUUGGGACAGAACUACAAUUGAAUGUAGACUAUGUAUUGUGGGAGUGAAAUUGCAGUACUGCAGAGAAAAUUUGCAUCAUGCCAAGCCAUACUGGAUCUGUUGAACGUUGUUAAGGGGAGAUCCCCUGUACACAUGCCAACAGGGUCAGUGGGAAUUUAUGAGGGGUAGGGUUUCUGUCCCUGUAAUGGGGGGAGCACCCAUUAUAGAUCACCAACUAGUUAUCAAAGGAACCUGGCUCCUCCGUCUGUGCUGAAGACCAUUCUUAGCUCUAGGUGCAGGCAUCUGUGUUUGACCACGUCUUUUGCUGUCACGUUUCUGAAAUUAUGGUGGAUUCUUCACAGGGCCCAGUAUUUUGCUGUUGACAAUGUAUAGACGCACUUCCGCAAGUGGCAUCCCACAAGUAUUUCUGUCCUACAGAACAGCCCUUCAGAAGUUUGCAAAGUUGAAGAUUAGGACUGAACUUUUUCUUGUUUCCCAUUGUCUUGAUGGCAAAUUGUUAUGAAUUGACUAGUUAUUUUAGGAGACCAAUUAAGUUGGGUUCACUUUUAUUUGUAGCUUUCAAAAAUUGAAGUCUUGACAGACCAUGUCAGAAACUUGCAUCUUGUCAGAAAUACUUGUCCUAAAUUAUCAACAAGGCCUUAUCCAGAAGCCUGCAGAAAAUCCUUGAUUUGGCUUUGAGUUUUGAGUUUCACAGAAAAAGAACCAAGUAUUUUGUUCUUUUUAGUUUGUUGGAAAAUAUCAUAUAGAUGUCUCACUAGUACAUUGCAAAGGCAUGUCCUGAAGCAGGAAUUCUCUCUGUGUCAAACGGAAAUUCCUCUUUCCAUACGAGGGAUAAAAAUCUUUACUGAUUAUGUGGAUGAUUCAGUUGUGAGGAAUUGCUGUCCUAGAUUUUACUGUACUGAACAAGACAGAACCAUUAUUCUCUAUAUACCAAGUAUCUUUAUGACCACAUUUCUGGAUUAUUAUUUUUUUUGUAACUAGAAAUUUCCAUAGCAAAUUAUCUAUGUUAAGUCAUUGUGAGGGACUUGGUUUGGAAGCCAAGGGCUGGUUAGUCUCCUCUUAAUGCUGAUCUUCAUGCCCUUUCCUUUUGCGUGCGUUGUGAUGGUCUUGGGUUACUCAGUUUUUGUACAGUGACUUUCCAGAAUGUUUUCUAGAAUCAGUUCAUUUGUAGUAACUCUUCCUGCUCCGAAGCAGACUCAGUUUGAGGAAGACUUACUUUGGGCAUUUGGAUUUACCUUUGUCUUCCUGAGCUAGGUCCUGUGCUAAGUACUUAGCAUUGAUGCUUGAUGUCGUUAGCCUGUGGGUAAGUACGGGUCAGUUUUACUCUGACUUUUGUUGUACAGGGGAAUUAAGCGACUACUUGUUGUAAGGGAGAGUCUGGAGUAGAGUCAGGGGCUAUUACCUAAUAUGUGAUACAAAGCUGGUGAUGUCAAGCAGAAGAACUUAUCCAGAGCAAGAACGAUGUCUUAGCAUGGACACUAUUUUCUUCUUCCAGUGCAAAUGUGACUGCUAGAUUGUGUUCUGCUUGGUCAGAGCCUCUGCAGAUUGGCCAUCACACACGUGACCUCUUAGUGAGUUUCUAGAUAUAAUUCUGCAUUGGACGGCAUGGUCUUGCAUAGAAAUUCUCUUGUUAAUGAGAACGCUGAAUGUGCUGUUUUGGUAAAAUGCUUUUAUCAGCUGUUGUUCAGUGUUGCCAGCAGGAAAUGCUGGAAUGUAGUUUCUCUUCAGUAUCAUCUGUGAGCUUCAUUGUGCAAUUAAGCAAAUGUCUAAAUCCUCACCUAGCAGUAAAACCCAUUGUGUUCAGUGUUUAUACCCCUUUCCUAAUAUGCUUGAGCACAGAGAGAAACAGAGUGAGAGAAAAUGAUACCUGAAGUUGGGGAGGUGGGGGAGAUGGUACAUAUGUGUCGUUUGUGUGCCUAAAAUUAUCCUAGAAUACCUGUACCGUGAGGUACAAAAUGAAGCCAUGACUGCCUUUUGGAAGGAAAAGUUGUACCUCGAUGCUUUAUAAUACUGAGAGUCAGUGUUAUGCUGUUGGAAAAGAAAACAGUGAAAUGUGUUUUCCCUUCUGAAAAACUUAAUGAUUUGCUGCAUAAAAGGGAAAAAUGUUUUCUUGCUUGGCAGUAUCCUCCAUGGUGGGUAAGCAAUAGGAGAAUAUAGGGGAGACUACUGUCAGGUUUUAAACCCUACACUUCAACUAAACAUCUUAAUUUUGAUUCUGCAGCCUUGUGUUUCUGAGUCCGGGGGACUGAUUUCUUUUAGACUAGAUGAAUUCCUUGGUAGGUAGAAGGUGUAUUAGAGAGAGGGAUGCUGGUGUUCUUAAAAUUGCAAGGCUUGUUCUGGGGAAGCUACAUCUUCCCCCAUUUUAGUGAAUUGAGUUCCAUUCAUUGUCCUUUUGCAGUACUGGGCUUGCUGUUUUAUAUACAUCCCUCUUGGAAGUAUGACUCACUCACAAUAUAUGGCCAAACCAUUUCUGCCUUGAAAAGCAAGAUUUCUAGAGAACCUCAACUUUCCAGAAAAUUUUAUUCUUUGACACCUCAAUCAGCAUGAAAUAUAGUGCCUUAAGAGGAAAGUGGGAUAACUAUGGAAUACUCUGCUGGUUCUCUGAUCCGCACAUAGCAUUGUUUCAAGGAGGCUUGCGUGUUAACUGUGAAGUGUUGUUGCAUGCUUGAGAGCAGCUGUUGAAUUGAGCUGAGUUUUCCUGUCUGUCUUCCAAACGUGCAUAUAAUGCUGGAAAGUGUGGCUCAUUGCCUAAGGGAGAAAUCUAGGGGAAAAAAAAAUUCUUAUCCUUCUUUCUGAUGCGGACACUAUAUUGUCAGAUUACUCUGCUGCUUGCUGGGGAGAUGCUGAGUCACAUCUCUCUAUGUAACUGGUCAAUACCAUAGCAUUUCUUCUUUUACCCACUAAGAAUUUGUGAUGCGCCACCUGGCUGAAGCAUCUUGUGGUGCCGCUUUCUGAGUUGCCCUGUAAAGUCAGGUAUGUGGAAAACCAGCAAAGUAUUCUGAAGCUAUAUGAGCUCAUAGAGUCGUUGGUGCUGGAAGGGACCUCUGGAGGUCACCUGCUUCAGCUUCCCUGCUCAGGCUGAGCCACCUAGAGCUGGGAGCCCAGGGGUUCCUCCGUGCUAUUUGUGCUUUGGAGCCUACUGAAUUUAGUGUUUAAGAGCUGGUAUGUGCAGAAAUGCAUAUGCUGUAUGGGGAUGUGCUUUAGUGUUACUGAGGAGAAAGGAUUCCUGGUCACCUUUCAUCUGGAAUUUGGCACUGUUACAAGACACUAUCAGCAUAACUCAGUCUUACGUUAUUUCUAGGUGUUGUUAAGAAGCCUAGAGGCUUCAGAAGAGGUCUUAAGAGGUGUGCAGAGGAACUUGUGAGAACAAUUGCUGUGAGCAGUAAAUGAAGACAAUAAAUCUGCCCAGCAGCUAAGAAUGCAUCUUGUGGGAUAGAAUUAGAUUAGAAAAUGGGCUGCGUACAGUACAGAGUUGUCCAGGAAAUACUGAUGACUUUCUGAUCCUCGAGCAAUACUUAAACUCUGCACUCUACAGCCUGAUUUCUUUCUUACAGCACCUCUCUCUCUUUGUCUUACCUUCCUAAGCUGGGCUUGAGCUACAUGCAUGGAGAUUCUUUAACCUUUCUUCACUUCAGAACAAUAAAGUUUAAAUUUUACCUCAGCAGGCAGGUGAUCUGCGGGGAGGACCAGAUGAGCGUCAAGUAUCUCGCAUCACUUUGUAGUAGAUGUGUUAUGCUGGGGAAGCACCAGCAGGGAGCUCCAGAGGAUGCAUUCAUCUGGGAAAUUACCCCCACACACACAAAGCCUGCAUUUCUGGAUGAACCAAAUGCUGGACUUUGCGACGCUCAUAUAUACAAUUGUCUGUAGAAUCCCAAAACUCGAUGUCACAAUUGCCAGUGCUCUGUUUCUGAUGAGAACUGGAAUCAAAAUAAUAUGAAGUGAAAAGAAACAGUGGCAAAUUGGCAGGUUUUUUUUCUGCAAUUUCCUGUGUAAAUUUAGGUAUUUGCUGCUUCUUUGCCUAAAACCUUUCCGUAAACCCCUUGCAAGCAAACCGUUAACUUCCUUGCUCUGUUUCUCAGCUGCUAUCCUUUCACGACCUGGUUAUGUUUCUUAUGUUUUCUCUUAUUAAGCAAGGGACUGCUUCCACCUUGCUGACUGCGGAGACAUGAAAAAUACUGUCUUUUAGAACUGAAAUUUACCUUUUUUCCGUUACUUAAUCCUAUGACCUAGAAUCGUACAGUGACUUCUACAACAAGGCCUAAGGCUGGAUUCCCAGGAGGGAGCGUGAGUGUCUAUAGCCGAUAGUGUAGUUUGAUGUAGUUCCCUUUUCUUGCAGUGGGUUUUGGCUGAAAUACGCUUACUGCAGACCCUUUGUACAAGAGCGUUCUGCCUGCAUUUAGCCAAAUAAUGUUAGAAGUAAUGUUUGUGGGAAGGCUGCAAAAGUGAGUGAACUCUAAAGGAGCAAGAGUUCAACUGUCUGAGACGAUCUGAAAGAUUUGUUGCAGCAGUAGAAAUGGAUUGCUGUGCUGAUUUACCAAGGACGGGGAAUUCAGUCAUGUUCUUCGCAGCAGGUCAGGGAGGAGAGCCAGGCUGGAUGGCAAGCAUAUAAAAUUGUUAUGUACAAGGGAAUUAAGCUUUUAUCAUAAGUAAUGCUUAGUAACUUCCCAAAAAGAAAGCAAGUUGAAAAUUUAUGGUGACUUUAUAAAAUUAGGCGGUAAAUUAUCCUGAUCAUCAAACCUAGUAUUGAAUACAAACCUUUUGCAGUCAUGCUGCUGCCUUUUUGGGAAGGCACUGAGUUGGCGGAAUCCUUACUUUUGACGACUCUGUUAGAGUAUUUCUCAAAUGUUUUGAAUGCCACAUAGAGAUAAACGAAAUUUUUAUUUUGACAUGUGACCGUGAAUUCAUGUCUGAAUUCAGGCAUGCUGAGCUAUGUGUGAGACAGUGUUGGUUGAACGAAAGCCCAAUAAGAAAAUCGAGAAGCUGAGGGAGACCUGGCCAGGUAAAGGUGACUGAAGGGCCUUCCUUGAAGUGCAGAAAUUAGGGACUAUGCAGCGAUGCUUGGUUUUGGUUCAACAUUUUCAUGACAGAUUUCCUGUUGGCACCGUGCUGGUCUAAAGGCAGUAAGGCCCAGGGAGGGUUGUGAAUUGCUUUUUGUCCACCAGAGGGUAUAAGCAUAACAUACAGUCACCGAAAAUGAGCGAGCAGAGACUUGUCUGACAAAGAGCUGAAUUACAAGAGGUUGAGCGUCAGUAUUGCCUGUGUAUGAGCGUGAAGGCCCUGCUUAAAAAAUGGGGGGGGACACAAACUGUGGCUCUAGUGGAGAAAUAUGGAGUGAUACUGUAGUUAACCCCUGACCAAAAAGGCUAUUUAGGCUUGCUGGGCUUUCUAAUUAGGCCACUUUCCAGCGAGGCUUGCUGAGACAAUAGUCGUAGAGAAUAACUGUCCUCAAAUCUUUUUGGUUUGGUUUCCGUUCAGACCACUUUCUAGCUGCAGGAAGGAGCAAUGGCAAUGUUUGUGAUGUAUUCUCCCCCGCUUUUGCAAUUAACCACUUUCUGUGUGUUUAUGUACUUCAGUAGUGUUGCCCUAAUUUAUACUCUGAAUUUUGUAGUAUUUCCUGUUAAGAAUGAGUAGUUUAUUUCAAUCGGAUCUGCUUUCUGUGAAAAUAGAAGCAAUUCUAAUCUAAAAAUACAGAUGUAUCUAAUGGUUACUAUGGUAAUUUGUGACCAUGGCAACAGAGAGUUAACAUGCUGAAGAAUAGACAGGUUCGUUCUUUUUUUGUCUCUUUUUUUCUUUUUUUUUUUUUUUUUAGUCAACAACCUAAUCAAUGGUGCAAGCAUUUCAGGAAAAAAACACCGACUUUAUUUCUUACCAAUACAAGAUCAUAUGGGUAGAAGGGAUUGUGACAUUGUCUCACAUAAGAUUUUUAUAGAAAAGCUGAUGAAGUACAGGCUGGAUGAGCUGGAUGAGCGGACAGUGAGGUGGGUAAAAAACCGUCUGCACGGGCAGGCCUAGAGCAUGGUGAUCAGUCCCAGGAAGGCUAAUUGGAGGCCAGCAGCUGGCAGCAUAGCCCCGGGCUCGGUACGGAGUCUGGCCUUGGUCACCGUCUUCAUUAAUGAUCUGGAUGAGGGGACAGAGGGUACCCUCGGUGAGUUUGCUGAUAGCACAAAGCUGGGAGGGGUGGUCAAUAUGCCAGAAAGUUGUGCAGGAAGCAGCAAAAGGUACGUAUAGUAUCUGACCUUGCAUCUCAAAAUAUAUGGAAAUCCUAAUACGAACAUAAUGAGACAGUCUGAGGUUCUUUCUGAUGUUCAGGAAGAGGAGGUCUUUUAUCUGCAACAUCAUAGAUGGAGACUUACAGACUGAAGAAUGGUCCAGGACGUACCAGGAGCUUGCUGUAGGAAAGAGAAAUAGAAUUUAGAAUAGGGCUGGGGAUUCUUCAUUGUCAGACUUUGGGGGGGGGGGGGGGAUAAAAAACACGAAAAAACCAGAAGAUCAGUACAUUUCUGUUCUAUUUUUCCAUCAUAUGAUCAGAGUUAAAUAAACAACAUAGUGCUUUAAGGCAGGUGCUAAAUUUCAGCUACACUUUGGGGAUUGCUCUGACGUAGUUGAGACCCCAAGAGCUUGUGUUGCAUUAUAGGAAACACUUAGUAAUGAUUUAAGGAGUUGUAUUUAUAAGAAAUUAAUAUAUUAUUAAGGGAGUUAGGAAUGGGCUCUCAUGACUAAGCCUCGUAUUUAGUGAAUGGCUAUCUCUGCAGCAUAGAGCUAAUGUAAAGGCUCUCUACUAGCAACACUCAGUGUCAGUUUUAUAAGGAAAUGUGCUGGGUAUAAGUUUAGCCAAAGCCAAAUCACAGAAUUUUCCAAGCUUUCUGUUUUUCCUAGGCCCUACUGGGGAAUCUGGCAACUGAAUGGAAAUCACAGCAUUGCUGCUGUCUCUUGCUCGUUUGGGGCAAUUAAUAUCUUGAAUUAAAUAGAAUCUAAACUGCAUUCAAAAGCCAAUUUUUGUAAAAGCCCGCUAUUGUGACCAUUCUGUAUUUGCCACAGGAAUACAGUAACUGAUCGGUGGAGCCACUGUGGUGCUCAGUAUUACCUCAGAAAAGAGAAAACGGAGAAAAGGCCGGCCCAAACUGACUUGGUUCAGCUAGCCCAGUCUCCUGUCUCCGAUACCGCUCAGUCUAUUUGAUGAGCAGUGGGCAGUCUGGAAUUAACACACACGUUGGAAAGCCUCUGCUUGACACCGUCACCUUUUGACUCAUGCUCUGAAGCUCGGUGAUGUUAAAUGAGUGGGUUACUGGGGGUUUUUUGGGGAGAGGGAGUAGUUUGAAUUCAUUCACUAGGUUUUUUGGUUACUUGCUGCAGUAUUACGACUUAAAUACAGAAACCCUAAGGCAUCCUAAUUUUGUGUUGUGCUUGCUUUGUUUAAACUAGACCUUUCUAGGUAUCUUUUUACAUCCUCUUUUGUGAAGACCAUUAAAAAAAUCAUGUAUUAUUUCUUCGAUAUCCUGCUCUUUUGCUCUCAUGUAUUUUCCCCUGUUUCAAAGGCCCUGUUGUUUGUCUUCCGUUUCUCCCCAAAGUAUGAUACAGAAGAUUUAAUCGGUGCAGAUGUGCUUUCAUUCCACAGGGUGGCAGCUAAUUCUUACUUCCUUUCUCAUUUAUUUUGACGUUUCUGCUAGAAGUAGCUUUCCUGGCCAAGUUCCCCUCUGAGACAUAAUGGUCAUGAACGUGUAAAUACAGCCUUUCUGUUGGGGUUAAAGAGUAUUGGGAAAAGCUUAUUAUAUUGUGGCUGUUCAGGCUGUAUCAACUUGCUGAAGAUUGUAGUAGCUGACAGGGCAAAAAAAAGCAUCACCCAAGGACUAAAUUUUGAAUGUUACAUAUUGCUACUGCUUUAUGUGGGUCUGUCUUGUAAGUGGUGCUCUGAUCAUAACACAAAUAUAUGGUGGCACCUCUAGACAAAAGUUGCUUUGAUAGAGCACUUUUCACUUCCAGUUAAUUUUGACAGAUAAAUGUCUCGGAUAAUCUGAAUUGAAAUCUCCACGUGUCAUUACAAUGGAUUUAUAGGUUUAUGAGUUGCAGGUACGGCUUCUUGUUCUUUGCUAUUGAGUUUACAUAGUUUCCUCCCGCCCCCUGCCCUAGUUUCUUAUUAUUGAUGCCUGUGAAUAUUUUUCUUUAAAAGGCUGCUGUUUUGUUAUCUUCUCAAACUGUGCUCCUGAAUUGUUUUUAUUUAUCUCCAUGUCUUUCUUAUGUGUUUGGUCUCCUGCCUUUCCCCCUCUCCCUUGUUGAAUAAAGAUAUGAAAAUUAA